AUGGAUGAAGAAGGUCGCCAUGGGUUCCGAUUUAGCCCCAUUCUCGUCGGCCUUCUAGGAAUCAUUGCCGGGGCCAUCAUGGCUGCAAUUUAUCCUUUAGUUUAUUCUGUUCGCAGUUACUACCGCAGGCAGAUGGUAGACACUGGCAAUACUAGCCAAAAUGUUCAUCACAAUCAACAGGAAAGGCCUAGUAACAGAAGCAGAAGUACUUCAAUACCCAGGUUAAUUCCAAUAUUUAGAUACAACAAAGAUUGCAAUGAAGACAUGUGUGCCGUUUGCUUGGGUGAUUUCAAGGAAGGUGAGCUUAUUCGGGUAUUGCCAGACUGCUUGCACUUUUUCCAUGUGGCAUGUAUUGAUACAUGGCUAAAUUUGCAGUCGAAUUGCCCGCUUUGUCGCGCUGAUACUUCUUCACCUCCAGAGCAGGCGGCCGUUCUUUGA